AUAAUAUAUUUAUGUAUGUAUAAAUCAUCAACUUAUAGUGAAAUUUAAAUUCUUCUCUAGGAUGCAUACCAUAUAGUCCGCUAUAGGGGCACGACGAAUGUGCUUGAAUGGAACGACGUCAUCUUGCCCUUUCUAAAAAGGGCAAGAUUGGAUUCGAUUAGGCAUUUUAAUGGAAUCAAGAUCGACUACCAACUCAUCACGGUGAUGGUAGAGAGAUGGCGAAAGGAGACACACUGCUUCAAUUUUUGUGAAGGCGAGUGCACCGUCACACUUAAGGACAUCGCCAUCCUAACCGAUCUGCCCAUCGAUGGUGAUGUUGUUUGUGUGGACUCUACGCUAGGGGUGGGCGUUCGGUCGGUUCGGUUUUGAAUGGAACCGAACCAGGACAUGCCGAAUUUCCGAAGUACCCAGCACCCCAACCAAAUUCGAACCGAGCUAUAAUUCGGUUCGGUUCAACCGAACCUAAUUAUAGCUCGGCUUGGUUCGGUUUGACUUCCCAAAACCGAAAUGCUCACCUGCUGCCUUAUCACAAACGAGCCCCACUUUAAUCCCUCACCCCAAUCUCUUUCUACUCUCUCCUCCAUCAAUUAAUCCCUCACCCCUGCAUGCUCUCCCAUAUCACCCUCUUCAAUCCAUCCAUCUCUCUCUGCUAAAACAACAAGCCAUCAAUCCACCCUUACCAAGCACUCCGCCGCCUAGAGCACUCCGCCGCGCAGAUCGCAAUGAGCUCCCUCCGCCACCGGGCUCGCCUUCUUCCCAGAUAUGGAGCACUAAGUUCGCCGCUCGCCCAUUUUGAUGAAGAGGAAGAGGUGGCAAAGAGAAGACAGAGCCAUGGGAGAGCAUGCUGGGGCUCCACCACCGCUAAUUCUAUCGUCUCUGUUGCCGAUCCCGUCGCGGCACCACCUCUCCUUGUCGAUUGCGCCGCCGCCAAGAUGCCACACCAGAGUUCGUUUUUCGCGAUGAAGAAGGAGUUGGGUAGUGUGUACACCGUUUGAGGUUUCGAGUGAUCGAGAGAGAGUGAGAGACGGUCGGUGGUGGUGAGUGGUGAUUGUGGUGAGCGGCGGACGAGAGGGAGAGACAAAGGGAGAGAUAGAUGGAAUUAGGAUUAGGUUUUGUUAUUGUUGGGUCUUUCUUUCUUUGGAAUCUGGAGGAGGCGACCUUCAAUUUGAGUCUCGGUUGCUGGGCUUGGCCCUCAGCUGGGCUUCUUUAAUUUGUUGGGCCUGGCAGGAUGUGGUAGUUGGGUAUGCAAUUUCGGUUUAUCGGUUCGGAACUCGAAAUUUCGGGUUCGGUUGGCAUACUCUGUAUUCCGAAUUAAGAGUAUUUCCUUUC